AAAAAUUAUGCUUAGCAACAAGAAAGAAUCAUGCCAACAAAAUCGUGGAAAAGAAAAGUCAAUGAGAAAAUAAGAAAGAAAAGGGAAAAUGAGUGGCCUACAGCGUGAUAUUUUAAAAUGGAUUCAAAGCUUAGACCUUAGCCAUCCUGUAAGGAAUAGUAAAAGGUACGUUUCAAUGCAUGAUUUAUAGUCAUUUCUAUCAUGGUUCUCGUGUCUCGUGAAGCAUGAGGGAUGAAGCUUUCAUUUGAAUGGAUUGAAUCGUUUGCCGCAAAAUAUCUUUAACAUGUAGAUCUCAAAAUCUCUUAUUAUUUUUUUAUUACAAUUAGUGAUAUCCCAGACUGGAGCUCUAGUUGGUCAACGUCGUCGUCGCACUCGAUUUUUAGGCAGAAAUUUCGGUAAUCGUUCCAUGUUUCGCGCACCAAUAUAGUAAACGUUAUGUAAUGGAUAUUAUAGUGUACUGAAAAGUUAACUGGAUACCUCCAUAUACAUAUAUACACACUCUAACCCUAUCCCUAACCUUAAACCUAACCCCUAACCUAACCCUAAUACCUAACCCCUAACCCUAACUUAUAUUGGUGCGCGAAACAUGGAACGAUAACCGAAAUUUCAGCGCACCUGGGCCUGGGGUGUACAUUAUAUUUAAUCUGUCCUCAAAUCAAUCUCGUACCCAACGAUGGCUCUGGGUAUGAGAUUGUCUUCAAAUCUCAAAUUUUCAUUGUUUUUAACAUUAUCUGGCUUUUAACAUUGCAUCUCGAUGCGCACUUGGGAACUGUUAAAUUGCGCACCUGCACUUCGAUUUUCUAACAGUCAUUUGCGCACCCUAGAUCUUCAGAUCUUGUCGAGAAGUGCCAGGCUGUGUGAUCGAGCUGCCUUUUACGAUACCUUGACCCAGGGUUCGUACAAAACUUGAAUGUCCUUGAAUUUGAAAACAAAAAUUCAAGGCUUUGAAUGUCCUUGAAUCAAUGCUAUAUAGGACAGAAAAUGUUCUGAAAAUAUCAUUGUUAAGGCCCAUUUCCACUCAGGAAAAUGUGAUUUGCCGACACAAAUUUUCUGUCAGAAAAAAAUUUUGAAGUUUAAAAUUUUCAACUUUUAACACAAUGAUAUUUUGGAAAAAUUUUCUGUCCAUGGAAAAUCUUCUUGAGUGGAAAUGGGCCUUUACAGCUACUGUACGUCACUACAGGGUCUGGUUGUAUGAUUGUUACUGUAUUUUUAAUCUAAUUUUCAGAGACUUUUCCAAUGGAUAUCUAAUAGCAGAAAUAUUUUCUUGGUAUUAUCCUCAAGAAAUAACUAUGCAUUCCUAUGUAAAUGGAACAUCCUUGGAAGCAAAACUUGGCAAUUGGUCACAGCUCACAAGGGUACAAACUAUAUUGUACACUCAAUCCAAUAAUAAAGACUUUAUUAGGAAACAAAAUGCAGUGCAGCUUUCAGCUUUGCAUUGUUCACAUUUUUUAUCCAAAUAAUGAACUUUGUAAACAAAGUGUUUUGAGAACAAAAUAAAUUAGAGUGCCAUGAUCAAGCUUUGCAAUAAUAUAAAUAAACCAAGUUAAACUGUUUGUAUUACGAGCUGAAUAGUAUUAUUACGAGUGUGUGCAUGCAUAGAAGAGACUGUCACACAUCCUUAAUUUUCUUAAUGAUACAGCUAUAAUUAUAAUUUUACUUUUGCUUGUACCCACUAUAACUAAAGAUUCUUUCUGCCUUACCAUGUCUAAUGGGUGAUGAUCUUGAAUUUUAAGAAGUCAGACAAGGGGGCAUUUAAAUUAAUUAUUACCAUAGCAUAAAUUACAUUUGAAUCAUUUCUAAUUUAGUUUUUUCAAAAGGAGUCAUUUGACAUUCCCAAAGAGCUAGUUGAUGGUGUUAUUCAUUGUAAGCCAGGUGCUGCACAGUUAUUCAUCCAAGUUAUUUAUACACUUCUGACCAAUAGAAGGUAACAGCUAUUAAUCAUUUGAUAUUAAUAAAUAUGUUUAUUAUCUUAAAUUUUAAUGCGAGUGUUCCGUUUUCUUUGUUUUCACACAAUUAUUAUAACAAAUGGCUGCACAUGGUCUGAAUCGUAGCUAUGAGUAUGUUUUGGAAAUACUAACCCGGACUGAAAGCGCGGGAAAUGGCAGAGGGAAACAAUAAAAUGAAGGGAAAUAGAGGGAUUGCUUGCAGUCAAGAAAUACUAUAGUUGGCAAAUAUUAAACAAUUGUAUUUAGUUAAUGUCUGAAUGAAUAUGACCUUUUUAAUUCCUUGUUAACUUUGCAAAUUAAUGUUAAUUUCAUUGAACAUGGCAAAAAUCCUUUUUAACCCUUUAAGUGGCAAUGCAUGUGCCCUGGCUGAUGUGCCCUACUUUACUAUUUUACUCUCUAUCUAUAUGCCAGACAAUUUUACUUGUCAAGGGGAGAGUGCUGCCAUCAUGCAUGCAUUCAUUGGGUUAAUUUGUAAUUUUAAUCUCAAGCUGCUUGUGAAAAUCUUAACUGAAAUUGAAUUUAUGGCAGUUAGGUCAGUGCUUAUGAAACGAAAUUUUUGUCUCAUUUUUUAUUGUCUUAUGAAAAGGAAAUUUGUGAGGAAGAGAAAAGACUGGGGACUAGUGUGUUACCAUGACAACCACAUAACCUGCCAAAAAUAUUUAUAUGGUGCACCCACUAAGUGCACCGAGUUUCAUUAAAUUUUAUUAAAUACUCACUAAGAUAUCAGACUUUCUUGUUAUUACCAUUAUCUCAAGUCAAACUAGUGACGUCUCAACUCAAAACAUAGAAAGUGCGAUAACUUGAGAAUGAGAUAUGAAGAAACUGUAAACGUCAUUCUUCAUCGCUCUAGCAGUACUUUUUAGCAAAACAAUAAAAAAUGAGGUGAAAAUUUCGUUUCAUAAGCACUUUAAUUGCUUCGUUUCUUAUUUUAGUUUCAAAUGUGUGCCAGCAAAUGAAGAAGUUGAUUUUACAGAUUUUGGUUACCAGAACUCACUGCCCUUACAUGCACGAUCUACUGCUUCUCAGGUACUGUAGUGGUAUGAUUAAUUAUGAUUGCUUUGUCAGCUAGUGUUCUAA